AUGGGGUUGUCAGGAGAGGGGCUCUUGGCCUUCGAGUGGACGAUGAUUGCUGUUACCAUUGUUCUUGUCGUUGCGCGUCUCCAUUUGAGGUUCAAUUACAUCGGAAUUGGGUUGGUGAUUAGUGACUGGUUCAUCUUCGCCACUUUAGUAUGCAAUACAUUGUUGACAUGCACCGAUACAUAUCUAUACGUUCGGGGUGUUUGGUCUGAAAGUAUCGACUACUACAUAGCUGGCUGGGUAAUAUCAGAAAAUUACGAGCUUACAGUGCUCAAGAUCUUCUACGCUUCAGUCUUCCCGUGGUAUCUAGCGCAAUAUCUCAACAAGGGAAUAUUGAUUACGCUCUACUACCAUGUAUUCGCUCAGCAGAGCGGCAGAAUUCGGACAUCACUUCAUGUUCUAUCAUGUUUCACGAUUUCCGCAUUCAUCGUCACAGUCUGCGUAAACCUCCUCUUAUGUAGUUGGGGCUGCCAUUGGACCGUGAGUAAUCUUUGCUCGUCGUCAUGCCUGAAUCGGCAGGACAAUAUAGCAUUUGCGCUACAUUUUGCUAAUGAUGUCUGGAUUUUUGUCUUCCCCCUUGUUUUGAUCAGCCAGCUGUGCAUGUCUAAGGCCCAGAAGAUCAGCACGAGCAUCACUUUCGGUCUUGGUAUUCUCAACAUCGGUAUUACCUUCACUAGAUGGCUCAUCAAUCAGACAACAAUUGGACCAGACGAAGACCUUGCUACCGCUGCCGAGGGAAAUACAACCUUGAAGAUCAACGGCCCUGACGUGGAGCACGCACCUGCUUGA